CAAGCAAAGAACCCGCGUGAAGGAAUCGUCGCUAGAUCGGGGAAUGUCUUGAAACCAUUCGAAGUUGACAUUCUGUUGAAAUCGAUUGGAAGCGAGAGAAUUUAGACAUGGUAAAUCCUUAGAUUGCUGACUUAUGUCGCCGUUGUUUAAUUAGUGGAGAGUUUGGUGGAUGAUGUGUGGAAUAUUCUUGUGCUUAUUUUCAACAUGCACGGUGACUUCAGUUCCCCCCUUCUCCCCUCCUCAAUUGGAAGCUCGAAAUAGAUCACGGGAAAAUAGAGCAUGGUUACUGUUUCGCGGUUUCUUUUGGAAGGCGGCAAGAAUUGGUGAACGGUUAAGCCCCUGGAUGGCUGUAGGAUGCUUCUCAGUGGGUGUUUCAAUAAUAUUUUUCUGAAAACCAUCUUGUCUGUGAGAAGUAAGCUUUGUUUUUCUUAUGGGUUUAUGUCACCCACCCCACAGUAGUUCAUGAAAUGGACUCCUUGAUGAUAAUUGCACCAACACUUUUUAACGAAUUGAUUCAAGAGGCACCGUGGCAUUCUUUGUACAAUUUGGUGAUAUAAUUUCCUGUAGGUAAUUGACUUUUAUUUUUACGGAGAGUAUUGUGCUGGUAUUCUUUUUUCUCCUAAUGAAUAGGUUACUUUCACUGUCCAAAUUUGUGAUGUUUGUUGCUUAUUAAUAUAUACCUCUUUAAAAAAAAAAUUUAAGGAAAAAGCUUCUGUUUCUCCUGGAGAUGCAAAAGAAGUUUAUCUGUUUGUCAAUGUUCAAUGUACAAUAGUGGGAUAAAAUGUUGAGAAUUCAUUGUAGAAUGUUGCGCUCUGGCUUGAAUUUGUAUAAAAACUUGCAUACCCCAUUCCACAUUGCUGGUACAUCAGAAGUAUCAUAGGUCCUGUUCUGGGAACAUGCUAAGUUUUCUGUUUUCCCUUUGUUUUACUUUGGACAAUAAGCAUUUAUAACAUUUACAUUGCAUAUUCCAAAUUUCUUGCCUCUAAAAAUGGUUAUGUUAUUUGAUGCAAAGAGUGAAGAUUUAAAGAUUGGGCAGGUCUGGGCUUGCCUAUGAGGAAAAACAUGUAACGAGAUAUAUCAAGCUUAUGCUUGGAGCAUCCUUAAUGUCUAUAUUAGUAUAUUGUUUAUUCGGAAAACUUAUAUCUGUAUCUACACAUGUCAUAUAAACAUGAAACAUAGAGGCCUUGGAGAACAUCUCAAUGAUAUGAACUUGUCCCCUCCAUGUAGAAUUUUGAAAGUUCCAUUGUCAAAUUCAUCCCCAGAGAAAAUACUGGCCAUGGGGUAAUCCUGUUGAAAUAUGUGACAUGUUCAGAAACACAAACCUGUUUAUGCAGAUGUUAAUUAUUGUUUUAGCAGUUUAAUGACUAUGUGAAUUACUUGAUAGCUUCUGUAGAUGGUGGCCUUAAAAUGAAAAGAUUUUAUGUCAAGGUACAUACCUUUUCUCUAGAAAUCAAGAAGUAACUACACUAUUGGGACGUUUAUGUCAUUGUUGGUUUGAUGGCUAUGGCAUUUUACAUUCGAUCUCUUUAAUUAUUGUUCUUUCCACUUACUGACUCUUGGUAAUGAUUAUCUACUACAGCAUGCCAUGAUUGUUUCUGUAAUUUCUUUAGCUGCUCUGCUGUACACACAUUGAUGGGUAUCUCAUAUACCAUCAUUUUCAUUUUAUGUUCUAUAGUUUCCUUAUCUGUUCUGUGGUACACCUAUUGAUGGGUAUGUCAUAUAUCAUCAUUUUCAUUUUGUGUUCUCAUGGAUACUGCUGAGUAAGUCCUUGUUCUUGGCUAUGGAGUUCUCUUAUCUUAACAUUAUGAUUUCAUUUGCCACACACAAAAGCACUUCUCUAAGUUCUAUGUAACACAUAAAUCCCAAUCUUGUUUGUCUUUUUGGUAUGAGGAUAGCCAUAAACUAUAUGAUAAGAGUUCUAUUCAUUUGUGUAGCUUACGUGGUUUCUCAAACUUUUGUGCACUAUUUCUUUUGAUGAUUAUUUCAUUACUUCAUGCUUGCAUGACCACGAUUGUCGGUUAACCUUUUUGCACUAUUUCUUUGACUCUUUCUUAUAUAUUGAACUUUAGUCUGAUAAACAACACAGGGGGGUCCAGAAGUUGAUACAUUGAGGAUUAGAUUAAUGAGCACUUGCUUAAAUAACAUUGGUUAUGUUCAUUGUCGUUGUUUGCUUUAUCAUUACGGUGUAAUGUGUGUUACACAUUGUAGCAUUGCUCAUGCAAGCAGCCUCAAGUCAAAUGGAAGAUAAACAAGUUGUGCUUUUGCUGCAAUCAGCUUUUUUAGUGCUUCACAUAUUUAUGUAGAAAGUGACAGUUUUUCUUUUUUUCUUCUUUUGACCCUGUUGUAUAUGGACAUAUGUGGCCAAUUGAUGUGCAAGUCCACUCCUCUCCCUCUUUACCCUAACCAACUCUGUCCUGGCUGACAAGUUUACACCUAAUGCUAAGCCCCAGAAAAGUUCCUGAGAGAUACUCAGCUGGUUCAAACUCCGGACUUUAGUGGCAUGUAUUCGCCUUAAGUUUAGAGAUAUAACUAAUUAUGCUAUUGUCCUGUGAUUUACACCUAACUCUAAUUAAUGAAAAUAGUUUGUCAUCAAGCUUGAUCAUAUUUUCAUUGGAUGAUUGAAGUUUGAUGUAGAGAAAUCACUCUCUAGGGGGGUACAAGUAUCAUAUCUCAAAUCUUGAAUUUGACUUUAGUUUAAGUUGUUGAGCUCCUAGGUAACAUUUUCCAGCUGUAGUUGAUGCUUUACAUCUACACUAGUUCCUGCUUUGAUGAGUGGAUAGAUCUCGAAUCUCACAUACGUAGUCUGAUUUCAAAAGGACAUGACUAAAGAUGCACCAGUGUCACUGCCAAGAUAAAAUAGUUGGUAAAUGCAUUAACAUUUGUUUUGUGGCAGUUAACAAUUGGCUCUUUAGGCCAGGCAUUUGGUGGAACAAGUAGGGGUUAAGCUCCUGCAGUUUCAAUCACCUACGUCACGUCCGUUCACCAAAUUUAAAAAAUUAUGUUCAACUCCAUAUUGGUAAACAGACUGGACGUCUGUCUAUAGAAAAACUGUAGUGACUUUUAUUGUAGGGACCCUCUUUCGAACAAGUAGAGGCCAAGAAGCACUGUUCAUAUCACACGUUGGCAUCCAGUGUGUAACUUCCUGUCACAAGUUAAGAUUGUAUGUGCUCAGUACCGCCCACAAAAAUUUAAUAUUUACAAGUUGAAAUGUUUGAAAUUGAAUAUUUAUGCCUCCCUUGCAACUCUCUCUUUUUGUUUUUUUGUGCAUAAAAGAGCAGCAAAACUUGGGUAAAGCUGAGGUCACUCAAGUCCCAAAGAUGCCUGCUUUGGUGCUUUAUUUUCCUUGUCUUUAGUUCAAAUAUUAAUUGGCAGGUUAGGUUUUUUGGUAUGGUAAUGACCUUCGCUUUCCAAAGACUAAUAAUACCCAUAUGCCAAAAAUUAGUUGGAAGACAAAAUUAUCACAUCAUUUUCAAUUCCAGACAAAAAGAAAAAAAAACUAUAUUUAUCUUAAUUAUUUAAUAGUAAAAUUUGAGUGCAUUAUAUUAAUGCUUAUGAUAUCCUUCACUGCUCAACCGCUUCAACGACAAAGAGAUGACCAAAAAGGAUGGCCUUUUGUACUGAGGAGAAUUUCCUUCCUCUCCGUCAUUGAAUCCCCUCUCUACACUACAAAACCCGUUCGACAAAAGUCCCAAGAGAAAGUACACAAACCCAUAAUUAUAGUCAUGGGAUCUGAAGAGGCGGAAGUACUAGAAUCAAUUUCCACACCAAAGCUGCAACUAUUCUUGCCUCCAAGUCCAAAAGCACAUGAACCAGAGCGGCCAUGGAUGGUGGCCUCACCACUCCACACUGCAGCUUCAGUUCCAUUUCGAUGGGAAGAGGUGCCUGGCAAGCCCAGACCCUGCUCCACUCUCAUCAAUAUCCCCACUCAAAAGUGCCUGGAGUUGCCACCAAGGCUGUUAAUGGAUGCUGAAACUGCCAAACUGUCCUCACCCUCCACAGUCUUGGAGGGUCCUUACAUGGGCAGGUCGAGGUUUCAGUCAACUUCAUUUUCGUUGAAGAGGGAGUCUUUCCGUAAGAUAUGGAGUCCUCAGGUAGGAAAGUUUGAUCCUUUGGUUCUUAGCAAUGGGGAUGGUAAAACAGGGAAAGUGGGUUUUGGUUCUUGGAGAUGGGGGAAGAGUCCUUUUAAGGGUAAAUGUGAGGUUGUUGUGGGUAAUCAUGUCUUUCCAUCUUCAGUGGAUGGAGAGAGUGAUAUCAAUACAGAAGAUGAUGAUGAAAGUUGCAAGAAGAGAAAUGUGAAGACGACAACAGAGAUGAAAAGAUCAGGAAGCUAUACUAUUUCACCUCCUGCGAGGCCUCACUUCUGGGCGACUGUUUAUGAAGGCCUGAAGAAGGUAGUUCCAUGGAAGACCAGGAAACUGAAGAAGGAUGGCAUGCUGUAUUGACUUUAGAUUCUCGUCCCUUUGGGGACAUCCAAGAUUCGGCGCCGGGCCGGCGACUUCUCCUGUGUUGGUACUUCCUCACUGUAGCCUUCAGUAGCUAAACUGAGAUGAGCAUUGGAUGCUCCUGCAAUUUCUGUGUGUCAAAAUUGCGAGUCCCUUAAUCUGGAAUGUAAAUUUACUGGAUGAUCCCGUUCUUGGCUAUGUUUGACGAUUACUGGAUAAAAAUAUAGCAGCUACAGUCUGCAUUAUUUUGUCAUCUAAGAAUGCAGGUGAUAAAAA